UGUUUGUGUCCGUCUCUUUAUUUAGCCGAGGCCUCUUCCUGUUGGAGGUGCCAGGGCAGAGGUGCCCAGCGCAGCCACCUCUCUCCUCGGACAGAGGCACCCACGCGCACAUCUCCCGGACUGGGCAGGGCGCAGCGCGCCGGGCGAGUGAGUCAGGCGCUCCUUAGUGUAGCUGUUGGCAGCGGCUGCAUCCGCUGCCGCCGUCCCCACUUGACUUCUGGAGCUGGAGAGGUGGCGGCGAAGGCCAGCGAAAGGUUGCAGCUCUGCGAUUCCUCGGCGCCGAGAAAAAAAACCAAGCAGCAGACGCCGCGGAGGCGAUCGGCGCGGUCGCCUUGCGGUUGGGCGAGAAAAGGAAGCUUCUUUUUCGUCCUAUAGUAGGACGCGCCGUCGAGUUUAGCUUCUCGCUCUGCUGAGCGAGCGAGCGCCCGGCGACUUCCUGAGCAGCCCGAGCCAAGGCGGCGAGCGGCGAGGAACCAGACGGCGCUAGACCUCCGGAAAGGAGCGAGCGGGCUCCCGGAGGUUCCCUUUGAAGUGAGUCCUGGAGCACAACUGCUGGAAUCUCUGCAGGGCAGCCUAGCCCAUGUGCUCAGAGAAGGUAUUGCCUGGUACUUGUGAGGCAGGUAAAGCAAGUUUGUCUUGGGCGUGUUCCCACUUGACGGAGAUUGGCAGCUUCCAAAGAAAUCCGACAGCAUCCCAGCAGGAGAGCCUGGGUGUGGCUGUAGAGAUUGCUGUCUUGCUGCUGCCUGAUGCCAAGGACGUUGUAGUAUUCUCGAAGUGCUAGAGGAUACUAGGUCAUGCUCAGUGAAACUGGACCCUCUGGCCACCCAGUUCUCCCAGAAGUGCUGGAAAAGAUAACCUCACGACCACCUGCUGCGACUUCCACCCAACCAUGGAUAACCCAGAGGUUGAGUCCGACUUCCUCCGAAGUGUGCAUGCCCUCCUUCGCGAGCUUGAUGGCCACCACCCAGCCUUCCAGAGCGAGAGAGGGAUGCUGAGAUGGACUUUGCACAAGAAGAUUGACAGGAAUCCCAGUAAUGGAGCCCUCUUGAUCAAAAUUCUGGUGAAAGAACUGGAAAGGGCAGAAAGAUGCAACUAUCGGCAGUACAUCAUCCCUUUGCUUCACACCCUGAUGUACACAUUGAUAAAGGCACCUUGCAUCCCUGAUGAUUUGUAUGAGAGAGUGUAUGAUUUCUGCAAGAAGUUACUCACUCUGCCCAAACCGUACUGCACCAUUGGCCUGGAUUAUGCUCGGCAGCUGAAACUGGAACGGACAAUACCAGGCGCAUUAUACCAAAGAAUGGUUUCUGCAGAGCAAAGUCUCAAGAACGACUCAUUCCCCUAUCAGGAAAAGGUUUUCAUGUUUGUAGAUCCAGAACUGCUGUCUGAAGCUGUAUGCCGGGCACUCAUUGAUGAGAUCAAGGCUGCUCAGAUGUCCCAGUGUAUGAAGUCCUGCAUGCUCUGUGUGAUAGAACGUGCCUUCCAAACAGUGCUGAAGGAACACGGCCACGUUAAGAAUGUGCACAGCAUUCUUCAGGCAAAGCCCUUAGAUGUGACUGAGCACUAUUUUCAGCAAGUGAUGGCAGCCAUUGAACAUGCAGGAAGAGAUAUGAGUGCAGAAUACAAUCAAUAUGUUGAAGAAUUGGGGAAAAUCUACAGCACAUUGAUGAGCACUACAGAGAAAGAUGUGGAGAAGACAGGAGUAGAAAGAAGUUCAGGGAUCCCUUUACCCAACCCUAACAUCAGCUUCCACUUGUGGAGAGAUGAAGACCAGCUUUGGAAGGAGUUGGUGCUAUUCCUCCGUUCGCCAAGUCAAUCCUGUGAACAGGAUUCCCUGAGUCCAGAACUGGAUAUCUUUGAGUUUCAGGAUAUGGGGCCAGACUUUGACUGCUGUGAGCAGACACGUUUCUCUGUGCUCUCCAACGACAGCGGGAUUGAGCGAGACCUGCCCAAUCUGGGCGAUGAAAAUCAGUCUUCUUGCACUGCUGAGGCUGAGCACACUCGGCUCCAGAGGAAAGGUUGCAUGAAGAAGAAGGGGUCUCCUCUGGACAGCCUCGCUUUCCUACAGAGCGGCUCUAAUGGGCAAGGAGCAAAGCCUGCUGGGAAGCUGCAUCGGAAAUCUGGGGGUAGCGUCAUGGAGCCGGUGGCUCAGCUGAAACGGCUGCACACAGCUCGUGUCUUGGUACUGGGUGAUGACAGAAUUCUGGGGCGCCUAGCCCAGGCCUAUUACUCCCUGAGGAAGCGGGAGAGCAGACGUGCCUUUCUUACACCAAGGCUAAAAGUGCAAUUUUACUAUGUGCCUGUUGUGGAGGAACAACCCACAUCUUCCCCCACCGAGGAAGGUGCUCUGCCUGACCAGACAGAGCCUUGUGAGUUGGCUGCUUACCUUGGAAGAGCUGAUCCAUGGUACGAGAGCAACAUUAACACCCUCUGUCACAUGAUUCCGAAGCUGGCCACCAUGCCCUCUUCUCCAAGCAAAUCUACAGUCUCUGAGCUGUUCAUCCUUGACGUGAUUGCGUACUAUGUGCGUCUGGGCUUGCAGCCAGUCUUCUUCCAGGUGUAUGCAGUGAAGCUUUUCUUCAGUAAUACAGAUUUGGAGCCUGUUGAGGACAUUUUCUUGAUUGAACUGAGUCUAAUGCUUGAAGAAUUCAACCCUUCCAGAGACACUCUACCAACGAAAAAGAAGCUAGCAGUAGAAGUUCCUGGUGCAGAUCUUACACUCAUGUAUAAGAAGGUUUUGUUGAGCAACCGUGAGAAGGAGGAGACACUUUCACUGCGAUCCACAGGCCUGGUUAUUAAAGCCAUUCCCUCAAAUGAGACUGAAGAUCUGGUGUGCUUGAAUGUGAAUACUACUGAGGUCGUGAAAAUAUCCAACCUCUCAGGACGAUCAUAUUCUUUAGUGACAAACACUAUUCGAACACGGAGCAUCAAAAUCAGAAGCACAGAACAAAGGACCUUCACUGUGUGCCUAGACAAGGACUCUAGGAGACUCUACAAGAAUGUGACCAGUAUUGAAGUUUUCCCAUGCCUAGAACCCAGCUACUGCUUACAAAAGACAAGAACCAGAAGGUCUAGCCUUGAGGAAGAGGAAGAUGUGGGACUGGCCAAAUACUUACCUAAAUCUUUAUUGCUACCUAUCAACACUUUUGCAGGCAUUGUUCAGUGAAAAAGCUGAUAGCCACAGCUAUUUCAUCUUUUACUGCAUCUGAUUAGGGAAUAUCUAGUGAUUGUGUUCCUACUGUGAAGCAGUUCGCGGAAGAAAGGAAAAAGCAAGGAGAACAACAAGGAGAACAAGCAAGGAGACCAGAACAACAGCUCAGGUCUGCAGCUGGAGAUGAAUCCCAGCCCAGUACAGAGAAGCUGUGUCCUCCUAUAAUAGUCACAGAUAAAACUGUGGCAGGGGGCUUGUACAAAACAAAACAGAGUAUGAGAGUUUCAGACUUCAGUGCCAUGCUUUCCUUAUAUUCAUCUUCCAUUGGGCAAGGAGAAAAUAAUUUUAUUUCACCAGGACACAACAAAUGAAAUGGUGGUAAUUAAUGCUAAAUAUACUUUCCUUUGAACCCUAGUUGUGAUCACAGCUCUGCUUAGUCAGGUGUUGCUGGACUGUGGUAUAGAUAUGGUUAUUCUGUAGAACUACCACAGACAGGUAAGCAACUGUUCUGAAUUUAGGGAUUUGGAUUUAAUGAAACUGUAUGCAAUUUUCAUUGCUGUCGUUAGCAGAAUCUUGGGAUAAAGGGUGUCCAUGUUACCCAUCAAAGGAAUUGGGGGGGGGUAUUAGUGGCUUUAGAAACGUUUGAACAGGCACAUAUGUGGUGGUGACUGUGUGGAAUAGCACAAAAUAUGUACCAUAGGCAAGGCAAAAUGUUAUGCAGGCAGAGGUCAAGCAUUUUCCCAUGAGAACUGGGCUCCUGCUAUCUUGCAGAGUGCUUUAGCCAUGAAGUGAUGCAUGGGUAAUAAACCUCCAGCACUGGUGGCAUGGAGGAAGGACUUUGUGGUGGUGCUGUACAGGUGCACAAGAAGAUUAGUGGGCCUUAUUGUGGCAGAGUCAGGUCAACGCUACUUCCUGCCUUCAGUAUUUUUAUUUAUUUAUUAAUGAAAAUAUUUAUAUUUUGUCAUUUGGUCCCUCCCCAGUUCACAAUAAAAUUGCAGCUAAAUACAAUAUAAAUAGUAAAAUGGAAAUGGAGACCUAAAAAACCAGGUGUUAAAACAUGCAAAAGGAGGGGACACAAACUGAUAAACUUGCUGUACUCCAAGGUGUCAUGAAACUUGGCUUGCUGCUACAGUUUACUCUUUCACAUCAUGCUCUUCUAGAUCUUACACAGCAAGGCAUUUGGACUUUUCAGCAGGGGUGUUGCUAGGUUCUUUAAAAGUGUGGGGCAGAGGUCCAUAGAAACAAAUUUGCAUAGCAGAUUUAUACGUAUAAGCACAGAUUUAUGAUAUAAAUAUCACAGAAGGCAAGCCAAUUCAUUUCCCUUCCAAAUCAUCCAGAUAAAUUCUUCAGUUAAUUUGCACCCCACCCCCAGAUCACCCCAAAUUAGCUCCUCUUCCUUUCAUUUACCCCCCAAUUAAUCUCUCAACAGAUCUUGUAGAAAUCAUGUCAGAUCCCCUUCACUUACCCUCAUUUAUUACUCCCAUGCCCUGAGCAAGAUUAAGAAGUCCUAAACCUCUAUUCAAAAUAAAAGCUAAACGGUAAAAUAAAAUUUUAUUUUCUGAAAUGACACAAAGUAUGUCAUGUGCAGCACAAGACAGGACCUUUGCAUUGUUUUGAUUUACAUUAUUGGGACGCCCCCUGGUGUAGGUGGGGAUAAGUAAUAAAAAGAACACACAGUGUAAUUUUGCUUGAAUUCAUUACCCACCCAGAAACUCAGAGCACAUAGGACAAGAUUUGGGGUCUAUGCUCUGUGAGUUCACCUCUAGCAGCGCCCCUGAUUCUUUGCCUAAACAACAGUAUGUUUCUACUUCAGUUGCUUCAUGUCUGAAUGUAAGACUUUUAAAGUAAUUGAUAAACAAUGCUGUAAGGUUUAUUGCAAGGGGAGAAGGCACUAAAAGUAGACAUAUGCUAGAAUGUGGAAAGAAGGAUAAAUUUCCUAGAGGGGAAAAUAAUAAAAAUGUAGGUCAAAUAGCAGCUGAUGGAACCACAUGUAGCAAUGAUACUCCCGUGAGUUGUUAAGGACAGUGACUUUAAACAAGCAAGAAAAGAUUUAAAAAUGUUUGCAGUCUUAAGCAUUUUUUUAAUUGGUUCUCUUAAGUAUGGUGCUGUGGCUACAUGUUUACAAACCAGAAGGUUACAUGAUGGAUUGCUUUGAAUUUUGUAAUGGAGAUAUCUGUAUUAACUAAGAAUGUAUAUUAUGUAAAUUAAUUAUAAAUUAUUUGUACAGAUGUAAUACACUUUGUAUAUUCAAAAGUGGAAUCCUUUAAUUUCAUUAAAUAACUUCCAAGGA